AUGAGAGAAUGGCUUGUCAUCCCCCAAGCCGGAGUCUACUACCAUGAGUACUACCAUGAGUACUACCAUGUGUACUACCAUGUGUACUACCAUGUCUACUACUACCAUGUCUAUUACCAUGAGUACUAUCAUGAGUACUACCAUGAGUACUACCAUGAGUACUACCAUGAGUACUACCAUGUGUACUACCAUGUCUACUACCAUGUCUACUACUACCAUGUCUAUUACCAUGAGUACUAUCAUGAGUACUACCAUGAGUACUACCAUGAGUACUACCAUGAGUACUACCAUGUGUACUACCAUGUCUACUACCAUGUGUACUACCAUGUGUACUACCAUGUCUACUACUACCAUGUCUAUUACCAUGAGUACUAUCAUGAGUACUACCAUGAGUACUACCAUGAGUACUACCAUGAGUACUACCAUGUGUACUACCAUGUCUACUACCAUGUCUACUACCAUGUGUACUACCAUGUUUACUACCAUCAGUACUACCAUGUCUACCACCAUGUGUUCUACCAUGUGUUCUACCAUGAGUACUACCAUGUCUACUACCAUGAGUACUACCAUGUCUAUUACCAUGUCUACUACCAUGUCUACUACCAUGUCUACUACCAUGUCACCUACCAUGUCUACUACCAUGAGUACUACCAUGUCACCUACCAUGUCUACUACCAUGUCACCUACCAUGUCUACUACCAUGUCUACUACCAUGUGUACUACCAUGAGUACUACCAUGUCACCUACCAUGUCUAG